AUGGAAAUCCUUUUCUGGAGAAGACAUUUUCUCAACAGGAUCAUAUUGGUGGUGGUGCUCCUGUUUGUACUGCUGUGUCACAGUGUUUGUGAGACACAUUCUAUUAAUUGUACGAUACUUGAUGAUCCCCUGCCUAUUCCUCAUGCAUUUUACCAGCCAGGAAACCUUGUCAUUGGUGGGAUUGUUACCCAGGUUUUCUUCCUGCAUACUCCUCUGACUUUCCUUGAACCACCAGCCCAGAUGCAGAUUGAGGAAUCUGUAUCAGUACCAAAGAACUACCAGCACAUCCUGGCCUUAGUAUUUGCUGUCAAAGAGAUCAAUGAGGAUCCUCAGAUCUUACCUAAUAUUUCUGUGGGGUUCCACAUCCUCAACAGCUACUACAUUGCAUGGAUGACCUACAAGGCCACUCUCAAUCUGCUUUCUACAAAGCAUAGGUUUAUCCCCAACUUCAAGAGUGACACAAAGAACAAGCUGAUAGCUAUUAUUGGGAGCCUUUCUUCCAGGAUCUCCACCAAUGUAGCUGCCUCCUCUUCCAUCUACAAGAUUCCACAGUUCACCUACGGAUCAUUUUCACCACUUCAGGAAGACAAAACACAAUUUUCUUUUCUCUACCAGAUGGUCCCAGAAGAAAACCACCAAUAUAGUGGGCUUAUAAAAUUACUUCAGCAUUUCAGAUGGGUAUGGAUUGGCCUUUUUGCUGUAGAUGAUGACCAUGGGGAUAAAUUUUUGCAGGCAAUAGUGCCUAUGCUCUCCCGGAAGGGUAUCUGUUAUGCCUUCAUAGAAAGACUGAUCAAACAGGUUCAUGUGCAUGAUGUGAUGGAGGAGAUUGUGGAAAGGCUGGAGAACUCUCCAAUUUUCAUGGAAAGAAAAGCCAAUGUAUACUUCGUAUAUGCAGAACCUCCAUCUUUUCAGGCUCUGAGACUGUUGCUGCUUUCAGCAUCUUACUUCUCAUUUCCACCUCUCAGUAAAGUGUGGAUUGCUACCUCUCAUUGGGAUUUCGAUUCAAUCUCACUUCAAAAGACAUGGGACACACAAACUUUCCAUGGUUCUUUAGUCUUCAAUGUUCCCACAAAGGAACCAUUAGGAUUCCGGGAGUUCAUUCAGACCAUAAGACCUUCCUGGAGCACAGGAGACGGAUUUAUCCAGGACUUCUGGGAACAGGCAUUCAGCUGUUCAUUAAAAAUGCCUAAGGAAGAGGAUCAAAUGGAUCUCUGCAGUGGAAAGGAGAAGCUGGAGACUAUUCCUGGAACUUUGUUUGAAAUGAACAUGACUGGCCAUAGCUACAAUGUGUACAAUGCUGUCUAUGCCGUGGCCCAUGCUUUGCAUGCUAUCUAUAAAUCAAUCUCUGAACACAGGAGACUGAUAAAACAUGGGAAACUGUCAUUCCAGAAUGUGGAGCCAUGGCAGCUUCACUCCUUCCUGAAAGGCAUGGUGUUCAACAACAGUGCAAGAGAUACUAUUCACCUUAAUGAAAACAGAACACUGGUGGCUGCUUUUGAUGUUACCAAUUGGCGGAUGUUCCCCAAUGGCUCGGCACUGAGAGUAAUAGUUGGAAAGAUGGACCCUCAGGCUCCCCCAGGCAAAGAGUUUACUAUCAAUGAUGACCAAAUAGUGUGGCACACUAACUUUAAUCAGGUACUGCCCCUUUCUGUCUGUAAUGACAACUGCUAUCCAGGAUCCCACAGAAAAAAGAAACAAGGAGAGAAAUUCUGCUGUUAUGAUUGUGCUCUGUGUUCAGAAGGGAUGAUCUCUAACCAGAAAGACAUGGAUGCCUGUGCCAAAUGUUCAGAAGAUCAACAUCCCAACUUGAGCCAGGAUCAGUGCAUUCCCAAGGAUAUAAGCUAUCUCUCAUAUGAAGAACCUUUGGGUAUCAUGUUAGCUUUGUCUGCUUCUAUUUUUGCUUUUAUAACAGCUUUGGUAAUUGGAACCUUCUGGAAAUACCAGAACACUCCUUUAGUCAAACCCAACAACCGGAGCCUCACCUACAUCCUCCUCACCUCCCUCCUUCUUUGCUUUCUCUGCUCCUUGUUGUUCAUUGGGGAGCCAACGGAAAUAACCUGUUUGCUUCGGCAAACUCUUUUCGGCAUCAUCUUCUCAGCGGCCCUUUCUGCUCUUUUAGCCAAGACCAUCACUGUGGUUCUGGCAUUCAUGGCUACGAAACCAAAUUCUAGAAUGAGGAAAUGGAUGGGGAAAAGAACAUCAGCUGUUAUUGCCCUUUGCUGUCCCUUCAUUCAAACAGGACUCUGCAUUUUUUGGCUAAGAACUUCUCCUCCAUUUCCAUACAUGGACAUGCAAUCACUAAAUGGGGAGAUCAUACUGGAAUGUAAUGAAGGCUCUGUUGUCUUUUUUUACUGUGCCCUGAGCUACAUGGUCUUCUUGGCCUUGAUCAGUUUCACAGUGGCUUUUUUAGCCAGGAAGUUGCCUGACAGCUUCAAUGAGGCCAAAUUCAUCACUUUCAGCAUGUUGGUGUUUUGCAGCGUUUGGGCGUCCUUUGUUCCAGCUUACCUGAGCACCAAAGGAAAACACAUGGUAGCUGUGGAGAUCUUCUCCAUCUUAAUUUCUACUGCUGGCUUACUGGGCUGCAUCUUUUUCCCAAAAUGCUACAUCAUUGUGCUGAGGCCUGAGCUGAAUAACAGGGAGCAACUAGUAAACAGAAGGAGCAAAAAAGUCUACAUACAUGUUUUAUGGUGUCUUGAGCUAUUUGGGCUUCCUGGCCAGUGUCAAUUUCUUUGUGGCCUUCCUUGCCAGGAAGUUGCCUGA